AUGAGCAAACGACACGGAUCAAUUGAUUCAAAAACUCAUGGUCGGAGUCACCGCACUAAAAAGUCUUUACCUCCAAUUUCUCACCGUCUACGAGAUACUUCUGAUAAUCCGUCAAGAGUAUCUCCUUAUGAUAAAACAUCUGAACUAAAUCUUUACACAUAUUUCAACGAUAAAGCCUUUAUAUCUAAAGAACCAAGUAUCGCUCACAAAUUUUUCAAUAUCCAAAAGAGUUUUGAGCCAUAUUCCCCAACUUCUCCUUCUCCAGACUUAGUAUCAAAAUCCGUCAUAAUUCCAAACGAUACUCCAUCAUCAAAAGUACUUAUAAACUCAUCCUUAAAAGCUAUUGGAAAGCAUUCGAAAUGAGAAAUGAUGGAAAGAAUUGAAAAUUACGAAAUUAAAAAAGCACAAAAAAUAGCAUCGAAAAGGGAUUUUGAUAGCCUUAGCGAAGAAUUUUAUGGCUGGUUUCAAUGCUAUAACGAAAUUGUACCUUUGAUAAAGCUCCAGUCUGCAGAAGCAGCUAAAGCUUGCUCAAAAAUAUAGCUUCUUUUGUGUUUUUCCGUAUUAUUAUGGAAAUCUAACUUUAAGGGUAGAACUACUAGUCUUCUCUUAACGACUUAAAUGAUUUUGCUGGUUUAAAAAGCUUUAAAACUAAAUUAAUUGAUUAUUUAAAUGCCUAAGACAAUAAAAAAUGCAGAAGAAGCUAGUACUGCCCCUCAAAGAUAGAUUUUCCAUAAUACGAAAAAGCACGAAAAAAGCUAUAAAUGAUUAUGUUAUAACAUUAUUUUCAGAAAUUUCAAAUGAGUUUAAAAAUCAAAAAUUCCUAUUUAAAGAACAAAAAACAAAACUCGAGAAAACAAUUAGCGAAUUAGAAGAAAAGGUUCUGAAAUUCGAAGGGGUUUCUGAAGAAAAAAUAAAAUAUUCAAAGCUAGAAGAAGAAAAAAUCAAAAGAGAAAUCAAUGAAAUUUUUGGAGAAGAUGACGGCGAGUAUCAAAAUUUUCGACAAAAAGCAAAUAAGCUUUACAGUAUAAAAAGUGGUGCCACAACAGAAGCACUUCAUGAAAUAUACAAUGAUAUGGCUAAAGAAAGAGAAAUCCCUCCUUUACAAACGUAUGAGAACGUCCUUUUAAAGCCUGAAGAAAUUGAAAAAAGUUUAAUGAAAAAUUUUAAAACCUUACAGAGAAAUACAGCCCAAAGAGUUCUGAAAAUAUUUGAAUCCAAGCAAGUAAAGAUAGAAAAUUCUGCACAAACUGGAGAAAUUUAUAUCGAGCCUAUUCAGCAUGAGAAAGCUAUUAGCAGAAUUGAGGAGCUCGAAAAGCGCUUAAGUUAUUAGACUUAUAUAGAAGUUCACUGUAAUUCCUAAGGACUAUCUCCACCCGUGACGCCCCCUUUGCCUGCCCACCAGUUCUAAGUUUUUGCAUGACCUUAAAAAGAAUACUCCUGCCGGACAAGGGCUUGCACUUGCUCUCUGAUAGUUGUAUGAGCUGUGCUGUCGUGCUGCAUAUCAAUAAAGAUGAUCCACCACGACAUUUGGCUAAAUGGAAACUGGAAGACAGGACAUAACUCCUGGUUCCACGUUGGGAAACAUAGCUGCUUUGCUGGGAGUUCCUUUCCAACUCUCGGCUCCAUCCCUCUGAGGCAAAAAACCGCGAUUUAGAGCAAUAAUGAGUUCGGCCAACCCGACAUUGCGUUUCACCAAACCAAGAAAGCUGCUGGGAUGCACAUUCCUGAACGUCAUCCUCUCUUCCUCAAGGCCCCUACCUCUUGCCGCACUAAGGGCCAAGGACCGAGGGAGAGAGUGGAGGGCAAGUUCAGACUCUGUAAUGUGAAGGAAACUGAAAAGUAUGUGUUCAAUGAAUGCGAGCUAUAUGCAGAAAUAAGGAGAAAGGCCCGACGGAGGCUUACAAAUGUAGUAGGGGAGACCUCGGAAAGGCUGACGAUGUACACAUGGCUGAUUGCGGACUCCUCUGAGCUAAAGGGGCUUGCCAGCGAGAAGGAUCUGGAUGCUGUUGAGAGGGAACCAAGAGGGCACUGAUGGAAUUUGAUGAUUUCCUGAGAGGGAGCAGGCCGAACAGCAAACACAGAAGACUGGAGAGGAGGAGCAACUGGAAGACCUUGAAAAGGCAGGGAUUACGGAGGAGAUCGUACAGGAAAUCGAGUGGUGAAUUGCUGAAAAGAAAAGGAAGGAACUCCUAGUGGAAGAAAAGGCCUGGCGCACGACAGCGAUGGGCAUUGAGUCGUCCGGCUGCUAAAGGGUCAGAUGGUCUCCCUACGUGGCGGCCAGCCAGAAGAUCGCCACAGGGAGGUUUGCUUCCAUGGGAAGGGCUUGCUGCCCGGAGAAAACUGCCAGUGAUGGCUCUUUGGGGGUUGCUGGUCUUUUGGGGUCGAUGCUCCGGGAAGUUGUGUGGAGUUUGUGAGAGUUGUGGGAGCCGCGCGGGAGUUUUGGGAUUUUCUGGGAGUUGCAGGUAUUGUGGGCCGCUGACCCAGUCUGAGAUUGAGAAAGAAAGGUCCCGAUGAAAGCAGAGAGACUAUAUAGCAGUUGCUCGAUGAUGGCGCAUUGAGCGUCGUCAUCGGGCAACUGCUAUAUUUGAUUUAAUGCAAGAAUGGAUCAAUCUAUGAAAGCGAAGUUGAAAACUAAUGAAAGCGGAGUUGGGAGUUGCAUGAACGUGAAGUUGGAAGUCCUUUGAAAGCAAAGAAAAAAGAGGGAUCCUGGUAAAUGCAGAGAGACUAUAUUUGAUUGAAUGUGAAAAAGGAUCAAUCUAUGAAAGCGAAGUAGGAAGCUACUCGAACUGGAAACAUGCAGGAAAAUCAAAGAAAAUUAGGGUAGGGUAAAUAAACUUCUUCUUCAAGGUUCCUGCGCGCCCUGAUAGAUCCCAGCUACAGGAGUUAAGAGGGCGGGCUAGUUUACCUCGCCGUUUUAAUGUGUAUGAAAAGCUUGAAAAGCAAUUUCAAGAGUUAUCACAAGAGCAUAGCAAAAGCACAGAGCAGCUUUCACAUAUGGAAAAUUUAGCGAAAGAGAUAAACAACGAAAAAGAAAGCGUAACUAAUGCUUUGUAUAAAGCAAAACGAGAAAUUGAGGUACUGAUGGAGCAGAUUAAAGAUAUAGAAAAGGAUAAGGAAAGGAUUGUAGCAGAGCACGAAGCAAGAAAUUUAGAACUAAAUAAAAAAACUGCAGAAAGCAAAGAUUUAGAGCUAAAGAUUGACAAUCAAUUUGACAGAAUCGGAAGACUAGUACAAAAAACAGAAGAGUAUGAAAAGCUCUUAAAGCAAAGCCGAAAAAAAAUAAAAGAGCUAGAAAUGAAGGGCGCUCAAGAAUCCAAAGGAUCCCAGCUUAAAAUGCUGCUCGAAAAAUUGCCUUCAGAAAAUUCCAAAAGUCUGCUGAGUUCUCAGCACACUUCAAAAAACAACAUAACAGGAGAAAGCUCUAAAUCUAUCAUUAUUCCUCAGCCUGAGUACGAAUUCAUUAACGAAAAUAUCUCCCAAAUCGACACAGAGGAGCAAGCUCAAAAGAAUUUUAAUAACUCAGACUCAAGGACAACCCUUGAUUUUAAUACAAGAGCCGUAUCAAGAUUGAGCAUGGACACAAACUGUUCUCAAACGACUGGGGUUAGUCAAAUUAUAUCAAAGCACCAAUCCAAAAAUUCAUAUUUAAGCAAAGUAGAAGAAAAUCAGGCAAGCUUAAAGCCUAAUUCUACUCCUGUAAUGAAGAAAUAUUCAAAAAGAGAUAUGCAAGAGUAUCAGGAAACUGCAUAUAAUGAGGCAAAUAAUAAUUAUAACCGAUCUGAAGAAAUGGUGGAAUUAUCUCAUGCAGGGAGUAUUAGUGAAGAUGAUGGCUUGAAAUUAGACCCAAAAUGAGGACAAAAUGUUAAAAAUUCAGGGAGUCAAAAAUCAGUAUCUCAAUACACAAGCAAUAACUAUACUUUGGGAAGGUUUAUAGCCUUACCUUGAGCAUAGUGGUACCACGCUGAGUGAAAAAACUUGUGAACUCUCUUCUAACCGCUUACACGAAUAAUAAAUUAAUGCCUUAUGCUUUUAUUUUUCAACUUUAUGCUGGCCCCUCAGCAUGAAAAUGAUGGCAAUGACCUUUUUCUCGUGCUCAAUAAACUCCUAAAGAAGAUUAUAAGCCUUUCUAAGCUAUAUAUGAAAAUUACCAAUAGAGCGAAAACAGGCGAAAAUGGGAAUCCGAGACAAAUGCGGGAGGAAUCCUGCUCAACCUUAGAGCUAAGCAUAAAAAAUUCAAGAGAAAGCUCCAAAGGAAUUCAAUAUAACUGAGAAAAUCCAGAUGCUGAUUAUGAUUCUGACAAACUUUAUGACUCAAAUGGAAACCUUAUAUAUUUAGUUCCUUUUAAUCCUAAUAAUGUCUACGGAUUAAAAGGCGAUAACUACCAUCACACUUUAGCAAAGGUAUUCCAAGCACAGCCAGCAAUACCUGAAUUGAAAGAUUCUAUAAUAUUUAAGCCAAGCUAUAAUUUAGAAAAAGAAGCAGCUUCUGAUAACAGUAAAAAGAUACAGAAAAAGAAAAAUAAAACUAUGAAGAAAAAAUUACUAUCACCAUAUUUGCCAUAG